CGCAGCAGUUACGCCGAUGCCCACUCCAGUCCUGCGCCCCGAGAUCGGCCCGCCGGCAGCAUCCAGGGAAUCCCCAACACGACGUGUUCCGGACUGGACGGUGGACGACGUUGUAACGUGGCUGCACCAUGCACACCUGGGAGGCCAUGAGGCUGCUUUUCGGCAAGCUCGAGCAACGGGAGCGUAUUUGAUGGCGCUGACUGCCGACAACCUGACUACGAUGGGAAUCACAACCCUGAAACAGCGCAAGGAAGUGAUGAAAGCGGUGCAUGCGCUGCAAGACGAUGCUCAUCGCGAUCGGAUUGAGUGCCUAACUGAAACGAGUGCUGCCUUGAUCCACCACGCGGCCGACGAGCCGGAUGCACCCGAAUUCAACGAAGACGAAAGCCACCAGUCAUUCUUGGAAGCGCUGCAUGAAUGGCGCGGACAAAAGCCGACAGAAGUCUCCCACAUCGCGACCGAAACAAUUACACGACCAACAAGCACCCUGGCGACGGUGUGCUGGCAGUGCUUCAAACCGUUGAAGGCAGCCGUCGUGCACAAGGACGGCCAUGACUUUUGCUCGUCACCAUGUGAGGCAGCCCACGUGAAGGAAGUUCAGCGGCAGAAACUCGCCGCAAAAGCCACGCAAUCCACCGCCGCCCUCCAUCACCAACACAUUCAAGCCACGUGGGCACUCGAUAUCAAGUUCACAGUCAGCUAGUGUACAGAUAUCACACGAAGACGCUCUGUCUUGGUGGAUAUUCUGCACGCAUGCGGCGGCAGCCGUCGUGGGAUGGAGGUUGUGAAAAUUGAAAUUGGGAAAUUUCUCAAUAUUUUUACCCAA